AGGUUGUUCCUACACGAAUGGACGACCGAGGAUGACAAGUGAAUCAUCACAGUCUAAAGUUCUCUAGGACAACAUGAGUGCUUUCUGCGGGAAAAUUCGCUCAGAUUGAAUGUUCUGCCAGGAAGAUCAAUCAAGAGUUUGAAUGUCCUUGCAGGAUAACAAUUCGACUGCCGAAGGAUUCUCUGAUUCAGCAGUGAGGGGUAUGCUGUGGCAGAACACUCGCCUGACACAGAGUGAAGAGAGCGAUGUGCAAACGGACUCUGCUCAGAUGAUUUUUGCACAGCCAGUGUUUGCACAGUCGUACCAUGAUACGCACUCAAGUAACAGCCUCGAUUAUGAUGAUUCAGACAUCAAUGCGCAGGAUGUCCGCAGUCGGAACUCGGAUGCCGUGGAAGACGAUUCCCAAUGGGAUCACGCCUGCAAGAGUGAAGAGCGCGACGAGGUCGACAUGUCAGAAGAUUUUCAAUUUCAGAAAGCUAGCAAUGAAGGUUCAUCCGAUGCAAGGGUGUCAGAUGCUGGUUGUCACGAGGACGAUCUAGAAUGUCGCAUCUGCCGUGGGGGGGUAGAGUGCGGAGUCCUGUUGUAUCCCUGCAAAUGCUCAGGCUCAAUCCGAUAUGUCCACCAAGAGUGCUUGGAUGCCUGGUUGGCGCGGACAGGGUCAACUAAGUGCGAACUUUGCCAUCAGCCAUUCAUUUUCUCACCUGUAUAUGCUCCCAACGCUCCUGAACGGCUUUCGCCCUAUGAAUUCACCGCUGGGUUGCUGGAUGUGCUUUUCAAGAAGGUUAUCUGGUAUUUGAGGCUGAAUCUCAUUGCCUUCCUAUGGAUCGUGUUCUUGCCCGUUGGAACGUCGUGGAUCUGUAGGUUGUACUUUAUGAGGUCCCUGUACAUACUGUCACACUUCCGCAAUCGAAUGCAGGUCGGUGCCAUCGUGGCAGAUUGGAUGCAAGGGGUCCUGCUGUCUCUGCUGGUCGUCACGGUCUUCUUGGCAGUCUCUGCUCUGCGAGAUUACAUGCUCCGUCAAGAACGACUUCAUCAACACCUCCACAACCGCCAACAGUACAGGAUCCCAGCACCGAACCGCUUCAACCUUGCUCAGCCUGCUCGUCGCCAGUUCGAACCUGAGAACGAGGAAGGAGCCGAAGAGCCCUUUGGCGCGGGAGGGAACGAAGAGUUUGACAUGAGGAAUGAUAACGUCAACUUCAACCAAGAAGCGGAUAGAAACUUCCCGAUCCGAGAGGUGGAGAAUCAGGAGGUCCAAAACGACGACCCGCUUGUUGGGUUCUUGGACGGAAGGGAGGAAAUCCCCUUGGAGGAGUUCAUUGGGAUCAAUGGGCCCCUUCCUCUGAUCCUGGAAAACUUUCUUACAGUUUUGAUUUCCAACGCCAUCUUCAUUGGAAUGCUCACCUUCAUUCCUUUCAGCAUCGGAAGAUCUAUCCUAUGGUUCAAGCACAACUGGAAAGUGUUCUUCGACAUCACCUUCACGGAGAAGGAAGCAGAGAGUGCAUACUACGGUGACGGAGUCACGCUCUUGACGGGAUAUGCAACGAUCAUCUUCAUCCUCCUGGAUGUAAUCCUGGUCUCGCUGGUGUUUGGAACAAGGCAGGAAUGGUUUUCUCCUCAUUCUCCUCUACAUCGCCAAGUCACGGUGCUCCUGUUGAUCGAGCUCGUUGCCUUCCCAACAGGAUGCGGGUGGUGGUGCAACGAGAGCGGAAAGGAUGGAGUACAUGCGGCAAAACUUCUUCACUUCUCAAUUCCUGUAAUUUUUGAUCUCCCGGUACGAGUGAGAGUGACAAGGUUUCGCAGUCACUGGGCAGUCGGGGUUGCUUUCAUGGUCCAUGUGGCAGUCUUGGUUGCUGUGCUGCGUGAAGUUGUCAAGCCAGAAGUGCUCUGGUUCUUGAGGAACCCGGAGGAUGCGAUCGAACACCCUCUUCGAGAUCUGAUCGACGAGCCGAUCCCGAAGCAUGCGAGGAGGAUCGUCCUCUGCACAAUCCUCUACCUUCCCCUUACCGUCAUCCUCAUCCAUCUUCCUCUUGCUCUUGCCGAUGCGGCGCUCCCUGGUCUGUUUCCUGUGAGGUUCAGAUUCUACAACCCUAUAGCUGAAGUCCCACCCUACAUUCUCCUGCUCCAUAUUUCCUUUCCUCUUCUUAUGGAAACCUUUGCUCCUCGCGAUUUCUUCAAGACGCUGCUACGAGCAUGGCUGGAGGCGGUCGGAACCGCGCUAGACAUCCGAGAUCGCGUCCUUCCUCAAGAUCAGAUUGACGAGGGGGCUAGAGCACAGGAUCAGGCAGAGGAGCCGGCGCAGGACCACGUGCAGGAUCAAGCAUCUGCCAACGAGCGAUCAUCAGAGGCAGACAUCUUGCAAGAAGAUCAGAGCGAUGGCCGAGAGAAGCGGUCUAUCCUCAAAGAGUCUCUUUUGAUGCUGCACCUCGCGUGCUUGUCCAUCGCUUUGGUCGGCGGCUUCUCCGUCAUCGUCCCCCUCCUUGUUGGCCGUCAGAUCCUCGCGGUCCUGGGUGUGAACGAAUGCAACGACAUGUACGCGUAUUCCAUAGGCUUCUCCUCAACAGUUUGGCUCUGGGAAGGAACGGCAAGACUUCGUCUUCAGCUCCAGCAGCAUGAGUUUGACGUGUUUGUUAGCAACACUAUCUCAACAAUGUUUCGGGGGCUCGAGCUCGCAUGUAUCUUCUUGCUUCUCGGAGGAUUCCUUCCCUUCCUCCUCGGACUGCUUCUCGACCUCGUCUUCACCCUCAUGCUGCGGGUUGGAUGGGAUCAGGCCCCUGCCUUCCAUGGCCUCCUGCACUGGAUGGUGGGACUUCUCGUCCUCAAGGUGACCGUCCGCGUCCUGCUCGCCAUCCCUUCCCUCGCGCCGCAUUGGAGUGAGAAGCUGCAGCACUUGAAGCAGAUGGGCCUGCGCAACGUGCGGCUCUCCUGGGUCAUGAGGAGCCUCGCCGUCCCCCUCCUCUCCGCUUUCUCCAUGCUCCUUGCAGUCCCUUAUGCGCUUGCUUGGGGGCUGAUGCCUGUCCUUGGUUUCGGGGCGCGGUGCUGCAGCUGGUACUGGCGAGUGAUGUAUCCAGGAGGAGCGAUGGUGUACGUGACUAUCAUGGGGAUGAGGAGGACGAGGAGCGUGCUGGGGCAGCUGCACGACUCGCUGAGGGACUCUAUGUACCUCGUUGGGAGGAGACUGCACAACCAACCCAGCUAG